AGAAAUUUAGAAGUUCACUUAGAUUAAACUUCAUUAGAAGUUUAAAAACUUAAAUUAAACUUGAUUAGAAAUUUAAACCAUAAAAAAUUAAUUAUGGUUUUGGAGGCUAAUCUAGCCUCCGUUCAUGCAAUUUCGUUGUUUGUAGUUUUGCUUUGUAUUUGCAUUUUGAUUGGUCAUCUUCUGGAGAAAACACGAUGGAUUAGCAGCACAAUUAUCGACCUUGUUAUCGGUUUUAGCACGGGAGCAAUCAUAUUGUACCUUUCCAAAGGAACAAGUUCGCUACUUUUCAAGUUCGAUGAGCAACUCUUUUUCAAUUAUGUUCUUCCUCCUAUUAUAUUCAAUGCUGGCUUCAAGGUUGAAAAGAAGCAGUUCUUCCACAACUUCACGACAAUCAUGUUACUUGGUGCAAUUGGCACUUUGAUAUCUUUUAUCGUCAUAUCACAAGGUGCUCAGCAGUUGUUUAAACACCUGGACGUUGGCUUCCUAGACUUUGGGGAUUUUCUUGCAAUCGGAGUAAUAUUUGCAGCUACAGAUUCUGUUUCCAUCUUACAGGUGCUUAAGCAAGAGGAGACACCCUUAGUGUAUAGCCUAGUCUUUGGAGAAAGUGUGGUGAAUGAUGCAACAUCAGUUGUACUCUUCAAUGUCAUCCAGAAAUUUAAACUUACUACUACUGUCGUUGGCUCGACUGUUGCACGACAGUUUGUUGGAGAUUUAGUCUAUUUAUUUGUUGCUAGUACCUUCCUUGGUGUCAUUAUUGGAUUGGUUUGUGCAUAUGUAACAAAAAAAAUGUGCUUUGGCAGGCACUCGAGUGAUCGUGAAAUUGCUGUUAUGUUUCUGAUGGCUUACCUUUCCUACAUGAUGGCUAUACUCUUCAAUCUAAGCGGCAUUCUUUCAUCGUUCGUUUGUGGGAUAAUCAUGUCACACUAUGCCUGGCAUAACGUCACUGCAAAUUCUAGAGUUUCCAUUAAGCAUGGUAUAGCUGCAAUGUCAUUUGUUGCAGAAACAUUCAUAUUCCUGUAUGUUGGUAUGGAUGCCUUGGAUGUUGAGAGAUGGAGAUUCGUCCUCCAUAGCCUUGGUACAUGUGUUCGAGUGAGUGCAAGUCUACUAGGGCUUGUACUGGUUAGUCGAGCAGCAUUUGUUUUCCCCCUAUCUUUCCUUGCUAGUCUUACAAGAAGGGGUGCAGCUGAGAAGAUAGGGUUUAGACACCAGAUUCUCAUAUGGUGGGCUGGUCUGAUACGAGGAUCUGUGUCCUUGGCACUUGCUUAUCAUCAGUUUACAACAUCUGCCCUAACUCAGAAGCGCGAGAACGCUAUGCUCAUUACAAGCACAAUAACUGUAGUUAUUUUCAGUACGCUGGUGUUUGGCAUGUUGACUAAGCCCCUGGUUUGGGUUUUGCUACCUUCUUCAAGGAAAGUAGACAACAAUAAUGAAUCUCCCGAACCAACAACAUCUAUGACAACGUUGUUAGGAGACUUAGGUCUACCGUUGUUCAGCAAUGGAAAAGAUUCAAAAGUGAACAUGACAUGUAAUCUAGCUCGUCGAAGCAUCCUGCGAACGUUUAUAACAACCCCAAGUAGCACCAUCCAUUUUUAUUGGCGGAAAUUUGAUAAUUCAGUCAUGCGUCCUGUCUUUGGAGGUAAUCCCGUACGUUAACAAUGGAAUGUACAUUCAUUAGCUGAAUGCAUCAGAUCUGUAAUUAAUUAAUGUGCAUCAUUAAUCUAACAAGAUUUAAUUGAAGGGAGUUCAUGUACAUAUUGUGUAAAGGUUGUACACUUGUAGGCCGGAUUAAUUAGUAACAUAUGGUGGUACACUGGUACAUGUAACAUGGUGUUUAUAUGAUCAUUAUACGUUCGGGUUAUUGUGAGCAAAUUCUCGAUACCUAUGACUUUGAAUCAAUGUAUUGCAUGAUGUU